UAGAAACAUGGCAUUCAAAUUCGUAGUAUUCGCCGCUCUCGUAGCCGUAGCCCACGCCGGCCACUUUGGAGGUCUUAGCUACGCCGCCCCAGCCUUGGUAGGCUCUCACGACUCCGUCUCCAGCUACUCCACCGUCCAACACCACGCUCCAGCCGUCCACGCAUACGCAGCUCACUCUCCAGCCGUCCACACAUACGCAGCUCAAACCCCCGUUGUCCACGCCUACUCCGCACCCGUAGCCCACGCCUACGCUGCUCCAGUAGCCCACGCCAUACCCGUAACCAAGACCGUCAUCGCCGAAGCCGAAGCACCAGCCCACUACGAUUUCGGCUACGCCGUAAACGACCCCCACACCGGUGACUCCAAAAGUCAACACGAAUCAAGACGCGGGGAUGUCGUACAAGGAAGCUACUCCCUUUUGGAAUCCGAUGGAACCAAACGUACCGUAGACUACACCGCUGAUGACCACAACGGUUUCAACGCCGUCGUACACAAAGAACCUGCUCAUGUAUCCGUCCAUUCUGUAGCCCCUGUUGUCGCUAAAGUCGCCGCUCCAGUAGCUUAUGCUGCCGCCCCUGUAGCUCACGCUUACUCCGCCCCAGUAGCCCAUGCUUACACUGCUUCAGUAGCUCAUGGUUACUCUGCUGCUCCCGUAGCUCAUGGUUACGCUGCUGGUCCCGUAGCUCACUCCUACAGCUCUCCUGUAGCUCAUGGUUACGCUGUUGCCCCUGUAGCUCACGCCUACAACGCUCAAGUAGCUCAUGGUUACGCUGCUUCUCCUGUAGCUCACGCCUACAGCGCUCAAGUAGCUCAUGGAUACGCAGGUCACGGAUACGCAGCUCAAGCACCAGUUCUUUCUCAUGGAUAUGCCGGUCAUGGUUAUGCCGCCCAUGGUCCAGUUGUCAGCGCACACAAUGUCUGGUAA